GAAGAGUGACCAGAAGAGAGGAGAAACAAAAAGCAAAAAAGGUGUGAGUGAGCAGGUGAGAAGGGAAACAGGUCUGAGAGGUAGCCCCACCCCCCACCCCCUACCCCCCGCCCCCCGCCAGCCAGAAAAGGAGGGAUACCGCAGCUGGGGGCCCCAGCACUCACACGGCCUUCUUGCCCCGUCCUUGGGACCCCAGAGCUGCCCUUGAUGGAGGAGGGCAGACCUCGGAGCAGCCUCAGCCUGGCCAGCAGCGCUUCCACCAUCUCCUCGCUGGGCAGCCUGAGCACCAAGAAGCCUCCCCGGGCAGUAAGCAAGGUGCAUGCCUUUGGGAAAAGAGGCAAUGCUCUCCGAAGAGAUCCCAACCUCCCAGUGCACAUCCGAGGCUGGCUUCAUAAGCAGGACAGCUCCGGGCUCCGGCUCUGGAAACGCCGCUGGUUCGUCCUCUCCGGCCACUGCCUCUUCUAUUACAAGGACAGCCGCGAGGAGAGCGUCCUGGGCAGCGUCCUGCUCCCUAGCUACAGCAUCAGGCCUGAUGGGCCAGGAGCUCCCCGAGGGCGGCGAUUCACCUUCACCGCUGAGCACCCAGGCAUGAGGACCUAUGUUCUGGCCGCGGACACUCUGGAGGACCUGCGGGGCUGGCUGAGGGCGCUGGGCCGGGCCUCAAGAGCGGAGGGGGACGACUUUGGUCGACCCAGGUCACCCCCACGUCCCCAGCCUGGAGAGGGCCCUGGUGGCCCUGGUGGUCCCCCAGAGGUGAGCAGAGGGGAAGAGAGACACGGCUUAGAGUCACCAGAGGUGGCUCGGCUCUCCAGACUUCGUGGACGACCUGGGCUGCUCACUCCCAGCCCCACAGCCGACCUCCAAUCUGGACCUCGGAUCCGGAGGACCAGGAGCCCAGACCUAUUCACACCCCUCUCUCGCCCUCCCUCCCCUCUGAGCCUUCCCCGGCCCCGUUCUGCUCCUGUGCGCAGACCCCCUCCAUCUUCUGGUGACAUAGCACCUCUUGCUAGACCCCAUACCCCUCUGAGUCGCAUCGAUGUCCGGCCUCCCCUGGAUUGGGGCCCUCAGCGCCAGACACUCUCCAGGCCCCCAACUCCCCGGCGAGGACCCUCCUCUGAGUCUGGGGGAGGAAGGCCCCCCAGGAGUCCCCAGCACUGGAGUCAGGAGGCCAGAACACAGGCCCCCUCUGGCUCCUCCACAUAUCUCCAACUACCCCCGAGAGCUCCCGGGACACGGGCUUCCAUGGUUUUAUUGCCGGGUCCCCCGCUGGAUUCAACUUUUCACCAAAGCUUGGAGACAGAUACUCUGUUGACCAAAUUGUGUGGGCAGGACCGGCUCUUGAGGAUGCUGCGGGAGGAGAUAGACCAGAGACAGGAGGAGAAGGAGCAGCUGGAAGCAGCCUUGGAGUUGACCAGGCAGCAACUGGGCCAAACAGCCAGAGAGGCUGCGGCUCCAGGGAGGGCGUGGGGGCGCCAGCGCCUCCUGCAGGACCGGCUGGUCAGUGUAAGGGCUACUCUCUGUCACCUGACUCAGGAGCGGGAGCGCGUUUGGGACGCAUACAGCAGCUUGGAACAGGAGCUGGGCACCUUGAGGGAGACCCUGGAGUACCUGCUGCACCUUGGUUCCCCCCAGGACAGAGCAUCAGCUCAGCAACAGCUAUGGAUGGUGGAAGACACGCUGGCAGGUCUGGGGGGCCCCCAGAAGCCACCCCCCAACACAGAACCUGACUCCCCAUCCCCUGCGCUUCAAGCAGAGGAGUCAUCAGAGAGGGAGAGCCUGCCUGAGUCAUUGGAACUGAGCUCAACCCGGUUGCCUGAGGCUGACUGGGGGCGGCCCCCUGGGGGCGACAGAGACCUCUCCAGCCCUCGCUCAGGUCUUGGAUCACCGAGGGUCUCCCGGGCUUCCAGCCCCGAGAGUCGCCGCCCGGCUUCCCCACAGGCAGGAACCAAGCCUCCCCUCGCCCGGCCUCGGAUGAGCGCUCAGGAGCAGAUGGAGAGAAUACGCCGAAACCAGGAGUUUGGACGGCCUCUCCCUCGCCCAGCCUCCCCCCGGCUUCUCACUCUGGGAAGGACGCUGUCCCCUGCUAGACGCCAGCCUGACACAGAACCAAGGAGCUGGGAUUCGAGGUUCACCCCAAUAAGUUCCUGUGCUGCUGAUGGCUCCCCUAGGGGGGUGCAGGUGGGGGAGGCAGAGACCUCUUCACAUCACCAAUGUUUUUCCUUCAGGAUGGGGGUCACAGUUCAGGACUGUGGGUCCCACUUUUUUUUUUUUUUCGUUACUAUGUGUUAUCAAAGGGGAAAACAAUGAGCAAGUAAGGGAAUGAUUAUAUUCAUCCUGUCGCAAUGGGGAGAGCAUUCCAGAUCUGAAGAUGAAUGUCGCGGCCCAUGGUUUCAUCUGAGACUUUUCUAGGGAGUAAUUAGACAAGUCAUAGGUGGGGUGAUUUUACAGCUGGGAUUAUUUUUGUAAUCAGGAGACAUCUCGGUUGAACACCAAAUGUUUAUCUCUGUGUCUAGUUAGUUUGAAGGGGACAAGCAGUUCAGCUAAUUCUUUAUGAGCCCAAAAUUGUGAAUUUGGAGGGCCCUUUCCUGGCCUUGUUGUAGGUAAAUUAGGGGGUGGUCAUCUGUCAGUCCUGUGGAGGUCAUACAAAGGAAGAGAGGUUCUGUGGUAGGCCAUUUCCCGGAAGCCAAAGGGAUCUGUAUUGGGGGGUGGGGGUGGGGCAGAUUUUCUUAAUGCUUGCUGUUUUCCAGGAAUGCAUGUAAAGUUAAAUAUUGUCUCUGAGGCAAUUUCACUCCCUCUCAGAGCCCCCCUCAUUUCGCCCUCAAAAUGAGAACAUGGGAACUUCCUGGUGAGGAGGAAUUUUAAUGCCCCAA